AUGCUGUGUUUCAACAUCUUGCUCUGGAUGCUUGGCUCAGUGACGCUCGACUGCAAGCACAUUCGCGCCGACGAGGCCUCCUUCAACUUCGAGCCCUUGGGCGGCCCGAAAGCAGUGCAUCUUCUGGAACGCAAGCCCCCUUCAAUCUCCAAUACCACAUUUACCAUCGACUUAUGCAAACCUUUGGCGAAGGACAAGAACAUCAAGUCAGAUCUACAAUGUCCGUCUGGAACCAGGGUGUGCGGGAUUGAGAAGGACUACAAUGACGAGACGCCAGACGGCUUUACAAGAAAAGUGAUUCCGAUCGCAGGCCAGUACACCCUCGGGGAUGGCCGACAUCUGGACCCCAAAUUUACUCGACUUAAGGAUAGUGCAAGCACUGGCGAUUCAAUGAAGGAAGGCGUGAGGAUAGAGCUUCAAGGUGGAAUGUAUGAGAAAGAGCCGCACAAGGCCAUCGUGACCAUGAUCUGUGACAAGGAGUGGGAGGGUAUCGAAGGAUUCGACAAGGACCCCAAGAUGAAGGGCUUUGAUGCAUACAGCGCCAUGAGCAAGCGAGAAGACGAGAAAGAUGGAGAUGAGAAAGAGGAGCCACUGCCAGAUCUGGACAAGGGCAAGGCAUUACAAUAUGUCAGCUUUAAGCUUGAAAAGGACGUGCGCGUGUUACGGCUGGACUGGAAGACAAAGUACGCUUGCGAAGGCGAAGCGGCCAAGACGCCUUCAAGCAGCAAAGGUAGCUGGGGUUUCUUCACCUGGUUCCUGAUCAUCGUCUUCCUGCUUAUCGCAGCUUACAUCAUCUUCGGCUCAUGGCUGAACUACAACCGAUAUGGCGCUCGAGGCUGGGACUUAAUACCGCAUGGCGACACAAUCCGGGACAUUCCGUAUAUCGUGAAGGACUGGACGAGCAAUGUCUCUGACCGGAUGCAUAGCGGAGGCAGUAGAGGCGGCUACAGCGCAGUGUAA